CUCUGGAUAUAUAAGUGUGGUAACUUCCCUUUCCAGCUCUCUAAAGCAGUUCUACAAUUCAGAUCAGAUUUUCAUCAACAUCAUUCCUCUCCAUUUGCGAGAAGACAUGCCUUUCUGAGUUAAGCUAGGCACAAGACACUCUGCAGCCAUGGGGGAUUGGUCCUACCUCUCCUCUCUGCUUGACAAGGUCCAGAGUCACUCGACGCCCAUCGGCAAGAUCUGGAUGACCGUCCUCUUCAUCUUCCGGAUCAUGGUUCUGGGCGUUGCAGCAAACAGUGUCUGGGGUGAUGAACACUCUGACUUUUACUGCAACCAGAACGAACCUGGCUGCCUGAAUGCCUGCUAUGACUGGAAGUUCCCCAUCUCACACAUCCGCUUCUGGGUCCUCCAGAUCCUGUUUGUCUCCACACCGACCCUGCUCUACCUGGGUCAUGCAAUCCACGUGAUCCACCAGGAGAAGAAGAUAAAGGAACAAAUCCAAAACCAGAACCCGAAGGUCUGCCCGGGGAUGAAGAAGCUCAAGUACACAGACGACAACGGGAAAACCAAGAUCCGAGGUGUUCUCCUGCGCAGCUACUUUGCCCAGCUGUUCUUCAAGAUUGGCCUGGAGGUGGCCUUCAUUGUGGGCCAGUACUACCUCUACGGCUUCAUCAUGAUCCCCUACUUCAAGUGUUCUAUAGACCCCUGUCCAGGCGGUGUGGUGGAGUGCUACAUGUCCCGGCCCACAGAGAAGACCAUCUUCAUCAUCUUCAUGCUGGUGGUGGCCUGCUUGUCCUUGCUACUGAACUUCAUCGAGGUCUUCUACCUGAUUUGCACCACAAGGAAUCGAACAAAGAAGGCCUUGAAGGAAGCGUACCUGAUGAACUCUGCAGGGACCCCAGCCAGCCUCUACAGUCCCAUCUGCCCCAACACGGAGAGUUAUCCUCUGCAGACCCCUGGAGCCAGCUUUCCUGAAGAACAGAAAGAGAAAGAUACCUGAGACUCAGGCAUCUCAAAAAUAUUUUGCUGGUGAUUGUGUGUUAUGUUGUCCAGGUUAUAUACUUUUGUUGCUAUGGUUCCCAUCUGUUCAAAUGUGAAAGAUGGGUGGAGAAAAUGUGUAUUUGUUUUGAUUUCUUCUGGCUGAUUGCUUACAAAUUCCUUUCUGGAUGUUGCCAAUUUCACUAGAUCGUUUUAUUGACAUAAGUUCAACUAAAAAUGCGUCUUUGUUUUUCUUCUUGAAUGAAAAUAAAAGAGUUCCGGUU